AUGUAUGUACUUGCGACUUUGGUAACUAUCACUCUUGCUUCCCAAGGCGCUCUGGCUGCGACUGCUUUUGGUUGGGCGACAGGCACCACAGGUGGUGCGGGAGGAGUGGAAGCUAUUCCCUCUUCUCCACAGCAACUGAAGCAAUGGCUCGAAGACAGCACCCCUCGAGUGAUAAUUCUCGACAAGACAUAUGACUUUACCGACACAGAAGGUUCCGCUACUGGGCCGGGGUGCAAACCAUGGAGCUGCUCCCCCAACGUUCAAUUUGCCUUGAAUGGGCCUGAUUGGUGCGCUUCAACUCCCACCAAGGCCACCUUUACCUAUAAGGUCGCGCCCACCGUUCCUAUCCAACUUGGGUCUAAUAAGACUCUCCGCGGUAAAGGAAGUGCAGGCUGGAUCAAAGGAAAAGGUCUUAGGAUCUUAGGUGCCACUAACAUUAUCAUUCAAAAUGUUCGCUUCUCGGACAUGAAUCAGCAAUAUGUGUGGGGAGGUGACGCGCUCACGCUUCAUGGCGGAAGUAAAAUAUGGAUUGACCAUAACUAUUUUAAAGACGUUGGCCGGCAGUUCAUUGUUUCGGGGUUCAACCCCACGACUCAAGUUACUAUCUCUAACAACUAUUUCGAUGGAAGAGCCACAUAUACCCCGUUUUGCGAUGGAUAUCAUUACUGGGGGACUUAUUUCCUUGGAAAAGGCGACACUAUGACCUUUGCAUACAACUACGUUUACCACGCAUCGGGUCGCGCUCCCAAGGUGGGAGGCACCGAUGGCCUUGCGCAAACUGUUCAUAUGUACAACAACUACUUCCACGACAUUAGCGGGCAUGCCCUGGAUGCAGCAGUUGGAUCCCGCGUCUUGUUUGAGGGCAAUUAUAUCGAAUCGGUAAAAACUCCCACAUUGGGGGAUCCUAAAGGCGCCUUGUUUGCUCCUACAUCUGCGUCAAUGAACGCUCAAUGCGCGAGCGCUAUUGGUCGCAACUGUGUGUCCAACACCCUGGUCUCGUCGGGCAGCCUUAUAAAUGCUGCCAACUCGGGAGUACUGGGUGACUUCAAGCAGUCUUUCGUCACAUCAAACAAAGUGAUGGAUGCCUCCGCAGUCAAGAGUUACGUUCUCGCGAACGCAGGGCUAGGAAAAAUAUAG